AUGUCAGCGAGGCUCCUGCCCCGCGUCACCCCGCUCCCACACCGCCGCCACAACCCGAGCCCGUCCAUCUCCCCCGCCCUCACGGCCUCGCUCGCGCGCGUGCUCGCCGCGCGCGCCACCGACCCGUCCUGGUCCCGCUCCAUCGCGGCGCUUGUCCCUUCCCCCCUCCCCGACGCGCGCCUCGCCGCCGCCGUCUCCGCGCUCGGGGACGCCGACCCGGACCUCGCGGUCGCGCUCCUCUCCUGGCACCGGGCCCACCACCGCCAUGGCGGCGGCGGCGGGCCCACCCCGCUCGCCCACUCGGCGCUGCUCCGCCUCCUCGCGCGCGCCCGCCGCUUCGACGCCGCGGACGCCGCGCUCCGGUCCAUGUCCCUCGCGGGGGACACGCCCACGCACGGGAGCCUCGGCGCGCUCGCCGCCGCCUACGCGGACGCCGGGAUGGAAGAGGAGGCCGCCGAGACGUGCGCGCGCGCCAGGGACCUGCACGGCGCGCUCCCCGACGCGCCGCACUGCAACCGCCUGCUCAGGCUCCUCGUGGAGCGCCGCCGGUGGGAGUGCGCCCGGAGGCUGUACGGCGAGAUGCUCGCCCGGGACCGGGAGGGUGGCGCGGAUGACUACAGCACCUGCGUCAUGGUCCGCGGGCUGUGCCUGGAAGGGCGGGUGGAGGAGGGGAGGGCCCUCAUUGAGGCCAGGUGGGGAGAAGGGUGCAUCCCGGACGCCGUGUUCUACAACGUGCUGAUCGACGGGUACUGCCGGCGCAGGGACCUCGGGAGGGGGUUGCUGCUGUUGGGCGAGAUGGAGACGAAGGGGAUCAUGCCAACUGUGAUGACGUAUGGUGCUAUCAUUCACUGGCUCGGGAGGAAAGGCGAUUUGGUGAAGAUUGAGAGCUUGCUUGGGGAGAUGAAGGCGAGAGGGCUGUCCCCCAACGUGCAGAUUUACAACACUGUGAUUUACUCAUUGUGCAAAUGCCGGUCGGCGUCACAGGCAUUGGUUGUUCUGAACCAAAUGGUUGCAAGCAGGUUUGACCCGGAUGUCGUCACGUUCAAUACUUUGAUAGCAGCGUUUUGUCGGGAAGGGGAUGUUGAAGAGGCUCUGAAACUUUUGAGGGAGGCCAUUAGGAGGGAGUUGGAACCGAAUCAGUUAAGCUAUACUCCUUUGAUUCAUGGCUUCUGCGUCAGAGGAGAGGCGAUGGUUGCAUCGGAUUUGCUUGUGGAAAUGAUUGGAAGAGGGCAUACUCCGGAUGUGGUUAUGUUAGGAGCAUUAAUUCAUGGCCUCGUUGUUUCUGGGCAGGUUAAUGAGGCUUUGAUUGUCCGGGAGAAGAUGACAGAGAGACAGGUGAUGCCUGAUGCUAACAUAUAUAAUGUGCUGAUUAGUGGUCUAUGCAAGAAACGGAUGCUUUCUGCAGCUAAGAACCUUCUUGAAGAGAUGCUUGAGCAAAAAGUUCAGCCUGAUAAAUUUGUAUAUACUACUCUGAUUGACGGAUUCAUUAGGAAUGACAAACUCAGUGAAGCGAGGAAAAUAUUCGAGUUCAUGGAAGAAAAAGGUGGCUGCCCUGAUAUUGUUGCCUACAAUACUAUGAUAAAAGGAUAUUGUAAGUUUGGAAUGAUGAAUGAGGCGGUUAUGUGCAUGAGCAGCAUGAGAAAAGUUGGGUGCAUCCCAGAUGAAUUUACAUAUACUACACUUAUCGAUGGCUACGCUAAAAAAGGCGACAUAACAGCAGCUCUUAGGUUUUUAUGUGAUAUGAUGAAGCGAAGAUGCAAGCCGAAUGUUGUUACAUACGCAUCACUAAUAUGUGGAUACUGCAACAUCGGUGACACAGACAGUGCAGAAGAUUUAUUUGCAAGUAUGCAGUCUGAGGGUCUAUUUCCCAAUGUUGUACACUACACAGUUCUAAUUGGUAGCCUCUUUAAGAAAGAUAAAGCAAUCCAAGCUGCAGCGUACUUUGAACAUAUGCUGCUUAACCAUUGCUCUCCAAAUGAUGCUACAAUGCAUUAUUUAGUUAAUGGGCUCACAAACUGUAGGUAUGGUAUGAUCAACUCAAACUGCAGUGAUACUAAUCAGGCUCACAAGAAGCGUGCCCUUUUAGAUGUAUUCAAGGGAUUGAUUUCUGAUGGAUUGGACCCAAGGAUUUCGGCAUACAAUGCUAUAAUCUUCAGCUUGUGUCGACAUAAUAUGCUUGGGAAGGCAAUGGACCUGAAAGAUAAGAUGUCUAACAAAGGCUGCUUGCCAGACCCUAUAACCUUCCUUUCACUUCUUUAUGGAUUUUGUUCUGUUGGAAAAUCAGGGAAAUGGAGGAGUGCCUUACCUAAUGAUUUUCAGCAGGAUGAAUUCGAGAUAAUCUGCAAGCGCAUGACAUUAUUCAAUCAGCAUGUAAUUAGUCCAGUUAGACAUGAAGUCUCUAGGGUUUUACAGCUAUAUGCUGAGGAGUUUCAGUUCCUACAACAACCAGAGCAGAGAUUUGCUGGUUCUUGA